AUUAUUCCGAAGUACGGGAAAAGAUGGCGACGUCCACAGCGCCAUACGACCAGUGGUUGGCAGACAAAUUGUUGUCGCUGAACCCUGAGGUAGACACAGAUGUCUUCGUUAUGUAUAUCAGUAGUAUGUUGGAUGAAGACUCACCUGCCGACGAAAAACGAGAGUCAAUACUUGAAUUGUUGGCCGAGGUUUUGGAAACUGAUCGUGAGCAAGCCUGUGAUGAAAUUAUGAAGAAAUAUGAUGAAACGCACAACCAAAACACAAAUAAGAAUAAAGAAUCAGCCCAGAAAAAUAUUGCAGACCAAUUGUCAAACAUGUUGGAGAAACAGACAAUAGAAUCUGUGAAGGUCAAAGAUACGACCUCUGACGAAGCUCGGGCCAGGAAGGAGGCUAUAUUGGCUCAGUAUUCUACAGUAUCAGAUGAAGAAGACGAGGAUGGAAUGUCCAGCCAUGCUGGGACUACAGGAGGAGCUGGAGCCACAAGUGGUGCUACAAGUGGUGCUUCAGGAGACUCUCUGUUGAUGAAAAAUACAAAUGCGGAGAGUGUUGGACAGAUCGAGAAGGAAAAACGAGAGAAGGCUAAAGAAGAAUCAGACAAAAAGAAAGAAAAGGAUAAACAAGAUCGAGCCCAACAAAAACAGAAAAAUGUAGACAGAAAAGAAGCAGAGAAAAAACGUACACAAAAAGGAGAGAGAAGAAGAUAGCAUCCUUCAAAGACAACAUUAGAACUAUUUAUAUACCAUUAUAUCUCAGAAAUGUCAAAACCACAGCAAAACUACAGAAAAUACUGGAAAUCAUUUUCCAAAAUAAAAAAAUAAAUCACCACAUGCUUCCAACAUACUGACACAUCUACUCUAUAAUAUGUUAGAAAGUAUUUGUAGAACUCUACAAAUAUUACAGAUUAUGUUUUUAAUAUAAAUAUGACUUAUUAAUAGGAAUAAAGGGGAGGUAAUUUGCUAAUGCUAAAACAACCUUUUUUCACUGAUCUAAUAGAAAAUCUAAAUAAAAAUUGUUUUAUAUUUUUACAUGUGAAUAAGACUUCUCUACAAUUUUCAUCUCAAUGAGAUAUACUAUUAUAUGGUGUUGCUUUUCUGGCCCUUCACUUAUGCGAUAGCCUCCAGAAUUUAAUGUUCAGUGACUCUGGAAAUAGGGGAUGCUGAAUCUUGUCGUGCUAUAGUAGGAAGGAGAGACAUUUUGUUGUGUGUGCUUAUAAUUUAGACAAUGGGGAAAUAUGGCAAUGUUAUGGAUUACAAAUAGGAGUAACCAGAAUCUUUUAAUGAGAUAACAAGGAAAUCUUGUCCAAUACUACCACGUCCAUUCACUGUACAUGUAUGUACAAAACAACACUUCACAUUUAUUUACCCAAUGUGCUGUCAUCAAAAGUUGUGAAUCUUGUGUAUCUGGGUACUAAACAUUGUGUGCCAAUAAUAUUUAUCAAGUAUACUAUGUACACUACAACACUACACAAAAGUUGUGGAUCUGGUUCAAGUGCACCCACGUCACUAAAUAUUAAUCUACGUUAGCCAAGUGUGAAAGCAGAGUAGUAAACACACUUUGGCUUGUGAAGAUGCUGAACAUUUUUAUCCAAAAUCUUGUUCAAGUUUAGAAAGUAUUACUAUUACAAACAGCUGUAUCCAUUAUUUCACAAUGACAAGAAAAAGGCACCAGGAAACCAGAUUACCCAGUUCUAGUUAAUGUAGUGAGCAAACAUACUAAAACAGGUCACAAGAACAAUACAAUGCUAUAUUAAAACUCCACUAGGAGUUUCGGCGACUUUAUUUUUGAUACCUAAAGAUAUUUAUUGUGUAUAAGUAGGACAAACACCUUUCUAAACAUGACAUUGUGGAGAUGUUUUAGUUUUAUCACAUAAUUGUACAUUAAUUUAUGUGUUUGUGACAUUGUAUAAAACAUUUGAUGUACUCUUGUGAAUUAAGUCACUGUAUUGAUUAUGGUAACUGGAUGGAUAAUGAUCAGAGGUUUUAAAUUACUACUAAAUGUGAAUAUGGUUGUCUAAAAUAUUAUGUUAUAUGAUUUAAAACCAGUCUGUAAUUACUUUCUGAUUUGAAAAGAUAUUAAGUCUGAAAGGCUUGAAAAUGUAGAAUUGUCUUCUCAAAUAAAUUAUUGUAUUUAUCUGCAAAUAAGCCUCUGUCGACAAAUAAGCCAUCUUCUUCAUUUUGGCGGAAUCAUCAAUUUUAAAAUACUGGAACACAUCUAGUAUGUAUUAAUGCUAAGUAGGUCACAGAAUUAAUGAGCCUCCAACUCAAACGUUCACACUUACAUUCUAAAUUAGGUGAUGGGGCUUAUUUUAAGAUAAAAAGCAUAAUAUGAAUAAUUUAAUCACAAACAUACAUGUAAAAGGAAAUGUGUUGAUUCCAGUUUUGAAAUAUAUUCUAGUAAUAACUAAUAAGCAUUAUAUGUUAUCAUUUUUUCCUUAAGAAAUGAAGAAAUUUAAAGUGAUGAACUUCCUGAAAAACAUAAUAUCUAUGAUAUUCCCACACAAAACAUCGUCUGUUUUAACUGAUAUAAGUAUACAAAGUGUAAAGAAAAACAUAUGAAACAUUAUUUUAAAUUGAAUAUUACACAAGAAAUGCAUUUAUUGUAUGUUGACAAUCAGAAGGUAUUAACAGUAUGAUAAUAAUGAGCUGACAGAACUUGUCAAUUCCUGCUUAAUUAACUGUAAAAACAAGACCAUAUAAGGUAUUGUAUCAAUUUAUGAAUUAACCUGGAGAGUCAUACCCCUGAAUUCUGGACAUAUGUUUUCCACGUACAUGUGUAUAUCAUAAAUCUUAUUACUUCAAUUAUUCACUGAAAAAUAUUUUUGAAUUUGACUACAUGUGUUUUUUGGAUUUCUCCCUGUUUUUUUUUUAUUGAAAAAUGAUUGCUAAGGGUCCAUUGGAUUGUUUAGCCCAGUAUUAGUGAAAUGGUCCUCAUCUGGUGCUGUUGUGAGGACAGGGCACAGGAAAAUGUGUAUUGUAGAGGUUAUUUGGCAAAUUUGCUUAAAACCUAAAAAACCAUUUGAUAAUGAUUCCUGAUUGGUAUCCAUACAAAGAAACCCCAUAUCCCUGCAUGUUAAAACUCAUUAAGCUUUUAUGACAGGGUAUUGAUGUGGAUAUUUUUUUUAUUUUUUCCUAGCCUUUUACUUUUUCAGAAUAAAACAAAAUAAAUUAUGCUAAAAAUGACAAGAAAAGGCAUAAAGUAUAAUGUAUCAUUGUUUGGAUUUUGUUUGCUUGUUUGUUUGUUGUUUUUUUUUUUGGGGGGGGGGGGGGGGAAGGUUCUUAUUUGGCUUUUUUGAAAUUAAGGGUUUUAACUGUGAAGAGAAACUAUAUAUAUACACAUAUAUAUAAAUAGUUUGAAAAAGGUUAGAAUAAACAUACGGUAAAUGAAAUACUACCAGUGUAUAACCUUGAAAAGAGGAUGGAGAAUUCAAUGUGCAGUACCGUAUGGAUAGUGAAGGAACAAUACACAUCGGUUUUUGCUGAAUAAAAACGUCAACUGUAAA